AUGGAAUGCAGAGGACUGGGGAAAUUGUCUUCCAAGGUGGAGGAUAGUGUGUUUUGGGAGGAGGAAGCUGACGUGUCCAGUAAGGAGCUCAGCUGUGAUUGGUGCUACAAGCCAGAUAGAACCUCAUUGACACCUGUUCUACUAGGAGAGCACAGAAGGAGAAGUUGGUGUCCUGGUAAAUGGGACAGUGCAGAAGAGAGAUAUUCUCUUCCCUCAGGACAGCCAGAGAAGACUGUAACUAGAUCAUGCCAGCCUGGACUGAGAUUGCCACUUAUAUCAGUACAACCUCCAUGGUCUGGGGGAACACUCAGGAAUGCUGCAAGGUCAAGGACUUUGUCAAGGUCUGUUUGCAGUACUGUAUCAGGCCUUGUGGAAGUACACGUAUAUCACAUCAAUCUUUCCGCUCCAAGAAACUCCAGCAAGAUGGAUAAGUGUAUGGAUAAACCAGGCCCACGGCUCGACAGCAGAACAGAAAUCUGCUUUGUGAACUGUGUGGAAUGCUUUAUCGACACCAGCCAGUUCAUUCUCAAUCAACUGGAACAGACACAAAAAAGCAGGAUGUCACCAGAGGGUCUGAGUGAGCAGGAGUAUACUGCAGCACAAAAGACUUGCCUUAACGCGUGACGGAGUGCAUGUCAGGCACAGUGCAGAAUGGGCAUGCAGCAUUGCUGGGGCACAGCUCUAAGGGGCCUGCUAGCCCCUGACUGCUCUUGGAAGGAUCUUAUCUUGGGCUACUAUGUCCUUGAUUCUGAGCCUCCAGUACGAUCGUUUUACCAUCCAGAAAUAAAGCACAGUGGUAUUUUUAAAACAAACAUGCACUCAGUACAA